GCUUGGGAUAUUCGAAAGGCGCCCCGCCCCCUCGAAGCUGAUUCCCGGGACUAGAUUGUAGGAGGAAAGCAUCUUCCGCGAGAGCUCAGGCCUAAGCAGACUCUUGCUCCUGUGGCUGGAACAUGGAGGAUUUAGAAGAAGAUGUAAAGUUUAUAGUGGAUGAGACCUUGGACUUUGGAGGGCUGUCACCAUCUGACAGUCGAGAGGAAGAAGAUACAGCAGUGCUGGUGACUCCGGAGAAACCCCUCCGACGAGGCCUCUCCCAUCGAAGUAACCCAAAUGCAGUGGCCCCCGCCCCCCAGGGUCCGAGACUCAGCUUAGGCCCCCUCAGCCCAGAGAAGCUGGAAGAAAUCCUUGACGAGGCCAACCGGCUGGCAGCUCAGCUGGAGAAGUGCGCCCUGCAGGAGCGGGAGAACACGGGCGAGGGCCCCGGGCUUCGAAGGGUGAAGCCCAGCCCUCGGCGAGAGACCUUUGUGCUCAAGGACAGUCCUGUCCGAGACCUGCUGCCCACUGUGAGCUCUUUGGCCCGGAGCACCCCCUCCCCAAGCAGCCUGACACCCCGACUCCGGAGCAGCGAUAGGAAGGGGUCAGUCAGGGCUCUUAGGGCAACACCUGGAAAGAGGCCCUCCAGCGCAAAAAAGGAGUCGCCCACUUGCAAUCUGUUCCCUGCAUCCAAAAGCCCAGCAUCUUCUCCUCUUGCCCGAUCAACGCCUCCAGUCCGGGGGAAAGCUGGGCCCAGUGGGAGAGCAGCAGCAAGCCCACCUACCCAUGUCAGACCAGUCUUGGCCCUGCAACCUCCUGCCAGCAACACUCAGCGCCCAUCUCGGCCACAAGGAGCAACAGCUAAACCUCCCAGUCGACCACCUGGCCCAUCAGCCAUCCCCAGGCCUGCCAGCAGGAUGCCACUCACUGGCCGGAGUGUACCAUCCAGCAAAAGUGCACUUCCUGCAGAUUCCCUGUCAACUCGGAAAGGACUUCCAAGACCAAGUGCCGCAGGGCACAGAGUUCCUGUUUCUCAGCGACCAAAUGUUCCUGUCACUGGUGCUGGUCGCAGCAAUCUGCAGCCCCCCAGGAAAGUUGCAGUCCCAGGACCUACCAGGUAAAGAGAGCAGGACAGCAAGCAAGAAUUCAGUAGCAAACCACUACAGUCAGUCAUUGCCUGUACUCACCUCUACUCGGCCUCCUAAGCCCUGUCUUUGGAGGCAGGCCUGACUCCAGCACAUUCUGGCCCAGAGAUAGGAGGAAGAGCUGCCACCACAACUGGUGCCCCAGGAGUAGAAACCAUGGGAGAUGGGGUGGAUUAGGGUUGAGCUGGAGGGAAAUCAAACUCUGAGUUGAAACAAAAUAAGAAAAAGAGGUUUUUAACUUCACCACUCCCAGUGGUGAAGUUAACAAACAGAAAAUGAGAACUGCAAGCGAGUGGUUUGCCCUCAUCCACCCACACUCUUGCAUCCAACCCCAGAGAGUUUGAUCUUCUUCCCGGGCACCAGUUCAGGGCAUGGGUUCACUGGACAUUUACAUGUGAAUGGCCUCUGUAGCUAACCUCCCUGCUCUCUGAGAAGCAGUCCUCCUGAAUCACAUCCUCUACUGGACUCCGGCCUGUUUGGAGAGGCAGAGGCAGGCAUCUGGUCUCCAGAACUUAUUUCCUGUGAAUUCUGUGGCUCCUAACAGGCCAGUUUAUGAUAAGCUUACUUCAAUGGUAUUCAUUUUUCUAAAAUAAAAUGAAUAUAUUUCUAUAUUCUCUGUA